UACAGCCAAAGCUAGUAUAUGUUAAGCAUUGAAUAAAAAUAGUGUUUUUAUUCAAUAUUAAUGGUUAAUAGUUAUAAAAUAGGGUGUGAUCUCAGAGUAAGACACUCUAAGGGCGGGAUUGGUUAGAAAUUGAUAUGGACGGAAAUGAUGUUGCACCACUCAUUAAAAUCGAACCAAAACAAGAAGAAGAAAUCGAUUCAAAUCUUCAAGAAAACGUUUUAGUUAGCAACGACGCAUUGGUUACAAUAAAGAACGAAAUCACCAAUACUGCACAGUGCUCCAAAUCCCUUUAUAAUGAAGAAGGACAACAAACUGAUUGUCGAUGGAAUCAUGUUUCCAAUGAUUUUGAAUGUGACUUCGAUCCACAAACAACAAAAAGUAAGCUGCAAGUUAAACAAUUGCUUCAACAGCACAUUUUAACACACAAACGUAAUGUGCUAAAAUGUGCCAAUUGUACUUACAAGACAAGCAACAAAUACCACUUUAAAAGACAUCUUUUGAAACAUACGGGUUUGAAAUGUGCUAAUUGUGAUUACGAGGCAAUCAACAGAUACUACUUUAAACGACACCUUUUAAAACAUACUGAUUCUACAUCAUUUAAAUGUGCUAAUUGUGAUUACAAAACAAAUGAUAAAUACUAUUUUAAAAAACACCUUUUCAAUCAUACCGGUUCCAAAGUGUUUAAAUGUGCUCAUUGCGAUUAUGGAACAAAUAAUAAACAAUGUCUUAAACGACACUUUUUAACACAUAACGAUUCUAAAGAUUUUAAAUGCGCUCAUUGUGACUAUGAAACAAAGUAUAAAACUAGCUUUAAACAACACAUUUUAAAUCAUACCGAUUCUAAAGAUUUUAAUUGUGCUCAUUGUGAUUAUGGAACAAAUAGUAAGCAAUGUCUUAAACUACACCUUGUUAAACAUACCAAUUCUAAAUAUUUCAAAUGUGCUCAUUGCGAUUACAAAACGAAGUAUAAAACUAACUUUGAACAACACCUUUUAAAGCAUACCGAUUUUAAAGAUUUUAAAUGCACUCAUUGUGAUUAUGAGACAAAGUAUAAAACCAGCUUUAAACAACACCUUUUAAGUCAUGCCGAUUCGACAGGUUUUAAAUGUGUCAAUUGCAAUUACAAGACAAAUGUUAAAGUUUAUUUUAAAAGACAUCUUUUGACACAUACAGUUUCUAACGAUUUUAAAUGUGUCCAUUGUGAUUACAAGACAAAUCUUAAAGUUUACUUUAAACGACACCUUUUAAGACAUAAAGUCUCCAAAGAUUUUAAAUGUGCCAAUUGUAAUUACCAGACAAAUGACAAAUGCAACUUAAAACGACACCUUUUAAAACAUACCGAUUCUAAAGAUUUCCAAUGUACUAAUUGUGAUUAUAAAACAAAUUACAAACACUACUUUACACGACACCUUUUAAAACACACC